AUGGCAUCGCAGAAGGGAGAGAGUUUGUCUCAAGAUCUUGCAGUGUCUGGAGGAUUGAAGGAGCGGAGCAACCUACGCAGGUAAGUACCUUUCCGAUCCUCACCAAACUCAACUAUCAAGUUUGGGCAUCUCAGGUGGGGCUUCAUCUUGAAGGCCUUGUGCUAUGGGAUGUCAUUGAAACGGAGAACUCUGUCAAGAAGAAAGAUCGACAAGUUAUGUCCAUCUUAUUCAGCACCAUCUCUAAUGAGGUUUCAUGUGAGCUAGAUGUGGAGAAAACGAUGAAGCAGACGUGGAAUCUCCUGAAGGUUAAAAACAACGAAAUUCUACGCUUACAGACAACAUAGAUUCAAUCACUUCGUAGAGACUAUAAAAAUCUCUCCAUGGAUGAAGAGGAGUUGAUUCUUAAUUACUUUGAAAAAUUGUCUCAUGUGGUGAUUGAACUAAGAAGUCUCAGAGAGAAGAUCUCUCUGCCAAACUAUUGAGAUCUGUCUCAGGUAGGUUUGACUCCAUCACGACUUCUAUUGAACAAUUUCAGGCUCUUGACGCGAUCACGGUGGAUGAGAUUUUUGGGACACUCAAGAUUCACGAGGAUAAGCUCCGUGAUCGUUUGGUCAAAAGGGAGGAGAAACCUCUUCUCGCAUGAGCCAUGGGGAAAGACAAACAAAAAGCCGCCGCAGAUGAAAAUUGCGGCAGAGGCAGAGGACGCGGUAGAGGAAGAGGCUGUGGCAGAGGAAGCGGAAGAGGUUCCUCCAAAAUCAGAGAUAGUGAUGAUGAAUCACUCCCUAGAGACAACUCGAAGAUAA